GGCAGGUUUAGUGGUGUAUUACUUUGGCGUCACACGAACGAACAGAAAACCCACUCUCUCUUUCCCCUCUUCUCGAUUAUACACAUUUCCGUCAAUAAUGAGCUUAUUACAACCAUAUGUCGAUCAAUCCGUACUUGUCAUAACUUUAGAUGGGCGCGUUUUGGUUGGAAUCUUAAAAGGAACCGAUCAAACGGCGAAUGUGAUCCUAACAAAUUGCGAGGAGCGCGUGUUCUCAUCCGUGGAUGGCACCCAAGUGGUUCCUCUCGGUUUAUACCUCGUCCGCGGUGACAGCAUUGUCACCGUAGGUCUAGUCGACGAAGAAAAAGAAGCAGCAAUUGACUGGGCAGAAGUGAGGGCUGAACCAUUGUCAACAACAUCACUUUAAAAUAUCAUAAUUGCUCAAAUAACAUCACAACACACAACGCACAGCACACACACAUAGUCUCUCUCUAUUUCUCUACAUCAUUUGUACCAUACUUUGCU